AUAUCAUUUUUAAAUUUUUCAUUCAGGGGUUUGUUGACAUUACAUUGUCAUGGCAACAAAUUGUAAAAUUGGCUAGAACUAAACAGAAAGGGUUAGCAAGUGAUUGUAUCACAUCAGUCAAUCAUAGGUGCAUCACAGUAACCCAGCUUUUUGAAUUUUUAAAGGAGGGACGAGUCUAAAUAAUUUUUUUGUGGUAAUCAACUAUUGUGCCACAAAUGUGCUGUCGAUUGAGCUUAUCUCGUAUAGAACCCGGAAUAUACCUUUUACUUGUGGGGUCUGGGACAUGCACACAAUAAAAACAUUUAAAUGUCUAUUCUUUUUUUUUUCUCGCCCUGUUAUUUUGCACACUGUAUAGGCUACUGUUCUAAUGAUUUGUUAAACAACGAAGCCGUGCCACCUGGAAGAAACGAAACCUUAUCGUAAUUUUCAGGAAAUGAAACUUACGUUCACUUAGGCUAUGUAUUAGUCUUCUAUUCUAGGAGACGCACACUGCACUGAACAGAAUCACUCUAAGAAAACCGGUGUUUUACGAAUUGCAAAGUUUAAGAUUCAAGAGAGUCAAUAAAUCUGAUUUAGGAGAUUACUUAUUUUCGCUAUUUAGAAGUUUUGUCGUUUUAUUGAGAGGAUGAGUUACACAUUCAGUCAGCAAUAUGAGGAAAAAAUCCGCCCUUGCAUCGAUACGAUCGACAAAUUACGUUCUUUGGGAGUCGAAAAGGAUUUGGCGCUCCCUGCCAUCGCCGUUAUUGGGGACCAAAGCUCAGGAAAAAGUUCUGUUCUGGAGGCACUGUCAGGAGUCGCGUUGCCCAGGGGUAGUGGAAUUGUUACACGAUGCCCUCUUGUGCUCAAGAUGAUCAGAACUAAGGAGGAAGAUGGAUGGCAUGGGAAAAUCAGUUACCAGGAACAUGUGGAAGACAUUGAUGACCCAGCAGAUGUUGAGAAAAAGAUUCGUGAAGCCCAGGAUGAGAUUGCUGGAACUGGGGUUGGUAUAAGUGAAGAACUUAUCAGUUUGCAGAUCACUUCUGCAAAUGUCCCUGACCUCACGCUUAUUGACCUCCCCGGUAUCGCACGAGUGGCAGUCAAGGGUCAAGCUGAGAAUAUUGGAGAGCAGAUUAAGAGACUGAUCAGGAAGUUUGUUACCAAGCAAGAAACAAUCAACCUUGUAGUGGUGCCAUGUAAUGUUGACAUUGCGACCACAGAAGCAUUAAAGAUGGCUCAGGAAGAGGACCCUGAAGGCGAAAGGACUUUAGGCAUCCUAACAAAGCCGGACCUGGUGGAUAAGGGCACUGAAGGGACUGUGGUAGACAUUGUGCACAAUGAGGUCGUUCCGCUUUCUAAAGGUUACAUGAUUGUCAGGUGCAGGGGACAGAAAGAGAUCACGGAGCGGGUCACUCUUCAUGAGGCCACAGAGACAGAGAAGAUCUUUUUCAAUGACCAUCCUCAGUUCAGAACACUCUACGAAGAAGGCUUUGCUACUAUUCCCAAGUUGGCUGAGAAACUAACAAUUGAGUUGGUUCAUCACAUUCAGAAAUCACUGCCACGGUUAGAGGAGCAAAUCGAGACAAAGCUUGAAGAGACACAAAAGGAACUGCAGGCAUAUGGCACUGGACCACCAACAGACCCUGCAGAAAGACUUAGCUUUCUCAUUGAUAAAGUUACAGCUUUCACUCAGGAUACUUUCAACCUGACCACUGGGGAGGUGCUUAAAGCUGCUUCAGAUCUAUUGAUUUUUCCAGAACUCCGCAAAGAAUUUGCAAAAUGGAAGUACAUCUUGGAUCGUUCAGGAGAAUCCUUCAACAGGAAGCUUCAGAGAGAAGUUGAUAUUUAUGAAACCAAGUAUCGGGGCAGAGAGCUUCCAGGCUUCAUCAAUUACAAGACCUUUGAGGGUCUUGUCAGGGAACAGAUCAGGCAGUUAGAGGAACCUGCAAUAAAGACACUGAAGACCAUCUCAGAUGUGGUAAGAAAGAAGUUUAUCCAGUUGGCCCAGUGUAGCUUCACUGGAUUCCCCACUCUGCUUAAAAUAGCUAAGACUAAGAUUGAAGGCAUCAAGCAAGAAAAAGAAUUACUGUCAGAGUCUAUGCUGAGGACCCAAUUUAAGAUGGAGCUCAUUGUUUAUAGUCAAGAUGGCACAUACAGCCAGAGCCUACAUGAUGCAAAGGAAAAACUGGAAGAAGAAGAUGAAAUUGAACGUAAUCCUAAAAAAAAAAGUGUUUAUGUUAUGCCAGAAAUCACUGGCAAUCAUGCCACUCUGCGGGAGAUGAGGCUGCACCUUGAGUCCUACUACUCAAUUGCAAGCAAGCGUCUAGCUGACCAGAUCCCAAUGGUGAUCCGCUACCAGCUGCUCCAGGAGGCUGCUGUGGAACUGCAGAGAAACAUGCUGCAAUUACUGCAAGAGAAACAUGCUAUAGACGACCUGCUAAAAGAGGACUGUGACAUUGGCCAAAAGCGGGAUAACUUACUGUGCCGGCAAAAACGUCUGAUGCAAGCACGGAGUGCCUUGAUUGUCUUUUAGAAUUCAGUUAAUAUUGACAUUUGCAACAGUUUUAAAUGCAACAAAAUCAUACAGUGGUAGUGAAAUAAAAUGAAGUAUAUAUUUUAUGCAUUUAUAUUUUAUCUUUUGGCUAAUCAUUUUAUUUUAGUGUUGUUGUUUUCUUUUGUGUGUGUGUGUAUGUGUGCUGUUAAAUCUGCACACAGUCAUUUUUGUGUUUUUGUUGUCUGGGGCUUACUCUCACACCUAGGGGCCCUGGAUGCAGCAUCAUUCAAAAUCAAUAGUUUUAGUAACAUAUGUCAUUGUAGAAAUUAACUAUUCACAAUCAGCCAUCAUUAAACUAUUCCAUGCGUGAAAGUGUUCAACAACUGGCUGGUUAUUGACAUUAAGUGAGUAGUAUUCGGCUGGUCGUGUGAUCUUUACAUGGUAGCCUCCAUGUAGAAUAAUACAGCUUUUAGCAAAGAAUAUUAGGAAUGUUAUUGUUACCCAGCCUUAAAUACAGAUGUUUAAAAACCUUUUGAGCUCUGAAGUUUAGAGCUGUGAUAGUCCUCUUUAUGCAAUAUACAUAUAAAUGCAAUUGUCCAAUAUGUUUCUAUAAUGUCCAAGAGGUACUGAAAAAGCUUCUUGUACAAUUGCAGGAUUUUGUGCAGUAGUACCCUGCCAGUGUCUGACAGAUUCAUGCUUUCAAUUAACUUGAAAUAGACCUAAUACUGUGUCUGGCACAGGAUUGGCCUGAUCUACUCCAAAGACCAUUGCUAUCUUUCUUUUGGUUGCCAUUGUCCUCUCAUCCAUGUAAGAUUCUGAUAUGGUCAGUUAAAGUUUUUUCUUUUUAACCAUACGUUUCAUAAACAAAUAUGCGUUAUGAAGCUGUUGAUUGGUUAUAAUGGGAAAUUAGAGUAAAUAUUGUAGAGGUGACAUCGAUACAUUUUAAAGCAUGAAUAAUGAAAAUAUAACACAGCCUUAGCAUUGACCAUGUCACUAUGGAAGCAUGUUUAAAUAUCCUUUGGACCAAAAACUGUUAUAGCAAAAUUAAAUAAUUUGACUAUUUUGAUAAAAAU